UCAUCAACAUUCUCAGCUGUGCUCAGCCCCCUGCAUGAGGCUAAUUCUCGUAGUGGAUUGACUGUAGCUGCGUGCAUGAGGAGCACUGCGGAGCCAAUCACACAGGAACAGGAUAUGGAGCAGGAAACUGGAAGCGCCAGUCCACAGGGACAUCGCAGUGAACAGUCUGGCCCGCUCCAAGUACUGCUGACGCCCAAUCAGGAGGGGGAAGAGGUCCGGCCAGCCUACCAGGAUGCAACCCUGGGCCCUGGUCAGCCCCCUCUCCACUCAUCCCUCCCACGCCCUUCCACCAACAACCCCCCAGCACAGGUUGAGGAGGGUGAGAAGGGGGAGUGGGUGAGGAGGGGUGAGGAAGGACAGGGGAUGAGCCUGGAGGAGUUGUUACAGGUUGGGGGUGUGAGACCUGCUGGCAGACACCUGGCCAUCUCUCUCCCCUCUCUAUCUCUCAGACUCUGGGAUAUAUCUCACACACACGCUCCCCCCUCACACACACACUCUUACUCUGACCCCCAAUACACACACCCUCCACCCUCACGUACAAACCCUGAGCACCCACACACACACUCCGACCGUCCACCCACCCCCUGCUCCUCCCACAGUCAGCCCCACCCCUCACCCUCCACUGCCUCUCCACAUUGGCCCGAUCAAGGUUCCGCUGUCAACACCGUCACACGUCAUUGGUCCUCCUGGAGCGUGGACCGCCCAGAUGCCGUGGUUACGCCAUAUGACACACCUCCAGACCGCCGCCUCCCCUUUAGGCCACACCUCCCCUACCGAAACUACAACUCCCAGCCUGCCCCUGGGCAGCAUGACCCCUGUGACCCUGAGGAGGCAGAGUUUUCAGAGCUGGACUUCCUAUACCGGGCCAGCCUCCAGGCAGGAUGUAGAGGUGGUAGCCCGGUCAGGAGGCUGCAGUGUGGGGUAGGAGGGCCAGCUCGUUCCCUCACCCCCAAUGCCAACAUGGAGAGGAGUGUGUACCAGACUGACUGCAGCAGCACAAUGGUCCGCAGUCUGAGCGGCACGAUCAUCAACCCGCGUCGCCAUCGUCUCACCGCAACACGCAGCUUUGUGCUUCUACAUCUUAACUAAUCUCAUCUGGGACCCUGUAUCGCUACAGCGUCAUCUUCAUCAUCAUCAUCACACCAGUCCUUCCAUAUCUCCAUUCAGGUCAUUUUGACGUCACCCUUGACCCUUCACCUUUUGAGCCUGUCCGUCACUCUGUGUUGUCCCUGCCCCUGCAGGAGAUGUCCAAUGGUGCGGGGAGUUUCUGGUGUCUGACUGGGGUGAAGCUGUCUUCAGACCAGUGAUCUGCCUCUAUAUGCAUCUACACUACAGGCUCCUUCCAGGCCAGCCCUCUGGGGUCCUAACCCUCCACACCCCUACAGGCUCCUUCCAGGCCAGCCCCCUGGUGUCCUAACCCUCCACACCGCUACAGGCUCCUUCCAGGCCAGCC